AUGAAUUCUUAUGUGGAAAGACCAAUAGCUCCAUCAUUACCACCAGAAUCUAUGAUACAAAUAUUAAAACAUCUAGAAAAUGAUAUCCCAUCAUUACAUUCGUGUGUUUUGGUUAAUCGACAUUGGUGUAUAACAUCGGUCCCUCGAUUAUGGUUUGAACCUUUUACAUCAAAGUUAUCGGAAAAUUCAAUUCUCUCUUUAUUGCAAACAUAUUUUAGAUGUCUUAAAUAUGAUCAAGAUAAAAUCUCACUUUCGAAUAAUUUACCUUUACCUCAGAGAAUAACGACGACGAAACGAUCACCAUUUUUUAAAUAUGCGUCAUUUUUAAAAAGUUUAAAUACGAGAUUAUUAGGAAAAUAUGUAUCCUUAUGGAUAAAUUCUUCCACAACGUCGGAAGACAAAGGAAAUGUGACUAAAAUGAUGUUAAGGGCUUUAUAUAAAUUAUUUAUUGAAAGUGGAGCAAAAUUGGAUAGUCUCACAUUGGAUGUAUCUGCUGGAUCAAUGGAUAUUGCAGUAGAAAUUUCUUUAAUUAAACGAAAUUUAAAUUUCAUUUCAAAUAUAAGAAAAUUGGUUUGCAUAUUUAGUAAUUUCUCCUCAUCUGAAGUAUUAUUUAAUUUAAGUGAACUUUGGAAUGAAUUGCCAAAUAUUUGUAAAAGGAUUAGAAUCUUGGAUGUUGAUGCAAAUGACAUGCACUGGACAAGUGGUCAAACUUUAGUAAAUUUAAUUGAAUCACAAAAAGAAUUAUCCAAUGUAAAAUUUAGAUCUUUUGGAAGCAGAGUGACAUCCGCGGUUGCCACGUUGGCAAAAAAAUCGGAAACCCUAACUUCAUUGGAAUUCGAAUGUAUAGAUUUUCGUAAAGUAUCCUUAGAUGGUCUUGAACAUUGUACAAAAUUAGAGACAAUACGAUUUAUCGGUGGUAAAGAUUGUGAUAUUGAAACUUUUCGUCCGCUAAUUAAAGCAAAAUGUAAAAUUAGAACUUUAGAAUUAAUUGAAAUUAGUGAUUAUGAAUCCGUGUUACCUCUUUUAGAAAAAGUCGGCUGGAGUUUAGAACAUUUAAUCAUAAAUCCAAUUAAAAAUUCCCUGGUAGAAGCUUUACCGAGAUAUUGUCCAAACAUCACUUAUCUAAAUAUUUCAAUAGCGUCACUAUUCAUUUCACAUUUAUUAUUGUUAGUAAGUGGUUGUCAAUUGGAAUAUUUAGUCAUACAUUCAAAUUCUAUUGAGGACACAGAAAUAAUUCUAAAUGAAAUGGGUAAAGUGGUUCCUCCUUCUCUACAUUACUUGGAAUUAUUAAUGCCUUUGACAUCUGAUCAAUUAAACACUUUCUUAAUGCAUUGUCGAGCCCCUCUAAAAAAGCUUGUGAUAAAUUCUUAUCCUCGUAUAUUUUUAACCGAUUCUCAUAUUGAUUCAAUUAAAAGGUUUGCCAUAAGAAAAGGUACUUUGAAAUAUGUUAAUCUUGGAAUUGGUGGUCUUCACUUAGAUUUUGAUAGUUUACCAAUCAAUGGAGAUGGAAGUUUAAAAUUCUUAUCCCUGGAUGAUAUUGUAGUUAAAUAUUAA